UGUUUGUCUUUGCUAUGGCAUGUUUGGACUGUUGCUAACUUUGAGAAUAUUUAUAACUCUUUGGCCAGCCUCGAUUCCCUAUCCACCUCAUGUAAAGACAAAAACAAAACAUCUCCAUUGGAUGUUUUUCUUUGAAAACAAACAAAACUUUCUAGACAUAAAGACAGAAACAACCUAGACUCACACUUCUCACCAAUUCCAUACUCCACUCACUUAUUACAUACAACAAAACAAUAAAGACAAAAGGGGCCCUUCAUUACAUUGUCGACAACGUUGCCAUGAUCAACAACUUCAGUCCAAACAUUGAUUUCUACUCCCACAUCAACCCAUUACACUUUCUAUCACCAAGCUUUGUUUUUUUCAUGGGGCUUCUUCUUCUUUCUUCUUCAAUUACAAAACCCACCAACGGUUAAGCUUUUCCUUGUUCCAUUCGUGAAUUCUACUAAUCUGCCUUUUCUAGGGUUCUUCAUGCUUUCUGCUUAAACUUUCCAUUAAUCAGUUGAAAUUCACUCUACUUUCCGUGUAGGAUCUGCUGAACUUGACUCUGAAAUAAACUUAAUUUUAUACCCUAGUACCUAGUUUCUUGAUUUGUUGUUGCAUGUUACAUGGAAUGGAAUCUAUGUUUCAAGAAGAAGGGUCUUCAUCUGUAACUUGUUCACCUCUACAGUUAUUUUCCAUGAUGUCACUUUCACCUGGUAUAGGAGGAAUAGGGUCUCCAUAUCCAUGGCUGAGUAGAGAAUUGAAAUCUGAAGAAAGGGGUUUGUAUUUGAUUCAUUUGUUACUCACUUGUGCAAACCAUGUAGCUUCUGGUAGUCUUGAAAAUGCAAACACAACACUUGAACAGAUUUCUCAGCUUGCUUCUCCUGAUGGAGACACUAUGCAGAGAAUUGCUGCAUAUUUCACUGAAGCACUUGCUGAUAGGAUACUCAAAACUUGGCCUGGACUUCACCGAGCCUUGAAUUCGACGAGAAUUGUUAUGCUUUCUGAAGAGAUUCUUGUUCAGAAGUACUUUUUUGAGCUUUUCCCUUUCUUGAAAGUGGCGUAUAUUAUGACUAAUCAAGCUAUUGUUGAAUCUAUGGAAGGUGAGAAAAUGGUUCAUAUCAUUGAUCUGAAUGCUGCUGAGCCUGCACAAUGGAUUGCUCUUUUUCAAGUUUUGAGUGCUCGUCCCGAAGGUCCUCCUCAUUUGAGAAUCACGGGGAUUCAUCAGCAGAAAGAGGUUUUGGAUCAAAUGGCUCAUAAGCUAUCUGAAGAAGCUGAAAAAUUGGAUAUACCGUUCCAAUUCAACCCUGUUGUUAGCAAGCUAGAAAAUCUUGAUUUCGACAAACUUCGUGUGAAAACUGGAGAAGCGCUUGCAAUAAGUUCUAUACUGCAAUUACAUUCUCUUUUGGCUUUGGAUGAUGAAUCAUCAUCCUCAAGGAGAAAAACUCCUAUUCUGUCAAGAAACUCAAAUGGACUUCACCUUCAAAAAGUCAUGCUUAUGAACCAAAGCACAUCAUUAGGUGAUUUACUUGAAAAAGAUAUGGUUAACGGCUAUAGUCCAAGUCCCGAUUCAGCAUCGUCGUCGUCUUCGCCAGCAUCUUCAACUGCUUCAAUGAAUGCAGAGAGCUUUCUCAACGCCUUGUGGAGUUUAUCGCCGAAAGUCAUGGUUGUAACCGAACAGGAUUCAAAUCACAACGGUUCAACUCUAAUGGAGAGGCUGCUUGAAGCUCUAUAUUCUUAUGCGGCAUUGUUCGAUUGUUUGGAAUCAACUGUGUCAAGAACAUCACUAGAGAGAUUAAAGGUUGAGAAAAUGCUGUUUGGUGAGGAAAUCAAGAACAUUAUUGCUUGUGAAGGAGCUGAAAGAAAGGAAAGACAUGAAAAGCUUGAUAAGUGGUUUAUGAGACUUGAUUUGUGUGGUUUUGGUAAUGUGCCUUUAAGCUAUUAUGGCAUGUUACAAGCAAGAAGGUUUCUGCAGAGUUAUGGCUGUGAGGGAUACAGAAUGAGAGAAGAAAAUGGAUGUGUUGUAAUUUGUUGGCAAGAUAGGUCAUUGUUUUCAACAACAGCUUGGAGAGCUAGGAAGUAAUUAAGACUAAUUUUUAAGUCAUAAGAAAAAUAUGAUGUGAAUCAAUGUUAUGAGUAGAAGAGUGUUAAGGGUUUUAAUUUUAAUUUUUCUUUGUUUGUAUGAAAGAGUUUUUACCAAUAUAUGGUAAUGAGUAUUCAUCAUUAUCAAUUUAGAGAUACUUGUAUUUUGCUACAUGACGUCUUAUUUUUCAUGAUCUCCUAUACUCUAACCUUAAUGGUGUUUGAAUGUAUUUGAGCUUUCUCUCAUUGUGUAUAUGAACAACU